UGCCACCAUGGCUGACAAGGAAGCAGCCUUUGAUGAUGCAGUGGAAGAACGUGUGAUCAACGAGGAGCACAAGAUAUGGAAAAAGAAUACACCGUUUCUUUAUGACUUGGUGAUGACCCAUGCUCUGGAGUGGCCCAGCCUAACAGCACAGUGGCUUCCAGAUGUAACCAGACCAGAAGGGAAGGAUUUCAGCAUUCAUUGACUUGUCCUGGGGACACAUACAUCAGAUGAACAAAACCACCUCAUGAUAGCCAGCAUACAGCUCCCUAAUGAUGAUGCCCAGUUUGAUGCGUCACACUACAACAGUGAGAAAGGAGAAUUUGGAGGUUUUGGCUCAGUUAGUGGGAAAAUUGAAAUAGAAAUUAAGAUCAACCAUGAAGGAGAAAUAAACAGGGCCCAUAACAUGCCCCAGAACCCUUGCAUCAUUGCAACAAAGACACCAUCCAGUGAUGUUCUUGUUUUUGACUAUACAAAGCAUCCUUCUAAACCAGACCCCUCUGGAGAGUGCAACCCAGACUUGCAUCUCCGUGGACAUCAGAAAGAAGGCUAUGGGCUUUCUUGGAACCCGAAUCUUAGUGGGCACUUACUUAGUGCUUCAGAUGACCAUACCAUCUGCCUAUGGGACAUCAGUGCUGUUCCAAAGGAAGGAAAAGUGGUGGAUGCGAAGACCAUCUUUACAGGACAUACAGCAGUAGUAGAAGAUGUUUCCUGGCAUCUGCUCCAUGAAUCUCUGUUUGGGUCAGUUUAUUUUGAGAGCCCAUGUAAAUCCAGUGUUAAAGCUGGAGAAGAAAAGUUGCUCCUUCUAGAAUCUGUGGAUAUAACAGAAUCCAUUUCUGACCUUGAAUUUUGUGGGGUCAUUGAAACAUUAAAGAUAUGCAAGCCUAUCCAGACCUGCGCUGAAGGCAACCUGAGGCCACCAAAAACAAAACAAGCUGAAAAUCGGAGGGUGAUGGGUUCAGUGGGGCUCCUGAAAAAUGAAGCUGCUCAGUCUGGAAGAAAACCAUGUCUAGGUCAACUUCAGAGAAGGACGAGAGCCCAUGAUGAGGACACCCUGCUUGUAGAGGCAAUGGAAGAAAAAGGUGUUAUCCACCGGAAACAGCAAACUUUAGUCAUUAGAGAAGCCCUGUAA